AUGGAAUCCGUCCGAACCAACGCCGAUUUUCGAUUCUUUGUGCAAUGGCCCUUCGGUAUCUUGAUGGGAGCUCAAACGUUAUUCUCUCUAAUCUCUCUGAUCGUCUUCUACUUUGCACCUUUUCUCUACGAAGGAACCUCCUUCGUUCUGUUCGUGCUUUCCCUUCUGCUUGUCUGUAGUGUUGUUCAAAAUUUCAUCCACGUCUUCGGACUCCACCGUCGCGUGUUUGUCAUUUUCGGAAGAGCUCUCUUCAUUCCGGCAACUUUUUUAGUCUUCUUGACAUCUGCCGCCGGUUGCAUCGGAAUGGCAAUUUCCACUCUCAUUGUCCUCAUUGGUUUCAUCGAUUCCCUUCGUUUCAGUGUCCGUCUCAUCAUUGUCUACGCAAUUCUCACGGUGACGUGUGCAAUUCUGACAAUCGCAUGCACAAAGAUCGUGAUGCUUCUGUUUAGAGCUGCACCAAAUGGACAAAUCAAGGGUCUCGUUCAGGUUGUAAUCGAAGGAGAUCGCACUUCAAAGAUCACCGCUGCUCAUACCACAACGACAACUACAACCACGACAACCACCACAACUACCACGAACUUCGUCUGA